AUGCUAUCAUCACUGACACUUCCCCAAGCUUCCAUCUCGCAAUCUCCACUCCUCACCGUCAAGAUGCUCUCCCGCGCCGCCGCCCGUACCACGACCUCUCUGGUCACCAAGCGAGGUUUCCAGACCACCCGCGCCCGCAUGUCCUCGCCCUACCACUACCCCGAGGGCGCCUACAGCAACAUCCCCUUCAACCCUCGAAGCAAGUGGUUCGGCCUCGGAUACUGGACCUUCAUGGCCACCGGCUUCUUCGCUCCCUUCGGCAUUGCUGUCUACCAGACCUACAAGCCCCAGUAA